AUGUUUCGAAUCGUGUUAAAAGCUGUGAUCAAUGCACUGGCUUUGGUCGUGUCUCCUUGUUGGAGCCUUCUCACAAUUGUGACACGUUGGACAAGUGCUGUCAAACAAGAAUUAUUCACUCGGAGACGUUUGAAAUUCAGUGCAUUGGGAGUCAUUUCUCAAGAAUUUAACAAGACUGGAGAGCUCGAUGAUCUUAUUGGACAAGAUGAGAAGAAGGAGAGGUUGACUCCGAGUGAAGUGCUGACCAAUGCUUCCGUGUUAAUUUCUCUUGCCCGUUUGAGUUAUGAACCUAAUGAAACCAUCCAAAAUGUUUUACAACGUUCCUGGGGCAUACCAAUCAAUACCGAUCCAGACCAUCCAAACUAUUAUUUCAUUUCUGUCAUUGACACUCAAGCAUUCAUCAUUGAAACAUUGCAUCAUAUCAUUGUGGUAUUUAGAGGCACAGAACCCUUCAACCUUCGUGAUUGGGGCACAGAUCGUUUGUUUCGAAUGCGUCCACUCGCUCCUACCUCAUCCAGUAAUUACCUAAAUUUGGAUCAUCUAAAAGUGGCAAUGGCUCAUUCAGGUUUUUUAGACGCAUUGGAAGUGUUUGAUUUUAAACAAAGUUCCAAAUGUUGCCUCAUUGAAAUAUAUGCUCAUUUGUGCAAGGUUCUCCAAAAACGAACAGAAAACAAGUCCAUCUUUAUUUGUGGUCAUUCGUUAGGUGGUGGAUUGGCAAGUGUGUUCAGUUUCAUGUUGGAAAUGAUUUCAGAACAACUGCAACAACAGCAACAACAAUUACAUCCAUCUUCCAUGAAUUUCAUUGAUGUUCGAAAACAUUUGGCAGGUGUCUAUACCUUUGGUGCUCCUCGCGUAUUCAAUGAUGAAGCUUGUCGUCAACAUGCCUCAAAAAUCAUUGGAAAGAGAACGUUUCGAUUUGUGCAUGACCAUGACGUGGUUCCUCAAUUACCCAAUUACGAUCCAAACAAUCCAGAUACGUUUGAAACUCCUCAAAAUUGUGUGACCAAGACUUUGAGGAUAUUCUUAAAUUUCAUGACCGAUGGUUCCUGUCCAAGACCUUAUUUUCACAUUGGAAAAGCUUUUCAAUUUAAAAAGUUGUCAUCCCAUGAAGAUGAUGAUCGAAAGUUAUAUUCCUUAAAAGUUAUGAAUGCUUUGGUACCACAAGAGGGCUCAUCGAUGCAUAUGGCUGUGAACCAAGCACCUCCAAUGGAAACUCUCUUAGAGGUUGAGGUGAGAGAACCUCCAAAGCCAUGGAUCAAGAGAGUUUUAGAUUUCAUUGGAAAAGUUUCAGUUCCAUAUAUUAUGGAUCAUCAUCCUGAUGGUUAUGAAAAUUGUUGUAUUGCGUUUAGAAAUGCCUUGUUGAAACAAGAAGAGAAUAUGGUCGUUGGUAAUGAAUAA